AUGACUGCGGUGCUGGCUCCCCGCGAACAGCAUUCGCAUUCUCAAUUUUCCCCGGAUCCUCUACGAGCCCCCACCACCCAACGAUACUUCCUUUCCGACAGUGUCUCCAAGUCCCCCAUGCAACAUGUCUAUCCCGCCCGCGAAGGCUCUCCGACCUCGCCACUCUCUUUCUCUUCCUCUUCCUCUGCCAGUUACUCUCCAACCACUUCCGACCAAUACACCCCGACCACUUUGAGUACUUUAUCAUUAGACGAGGACUUGAUCCUCCCCGCCUACGAGGCUGCCUCCAUCCUGGCUUCUAAAGAAUCAGAUGUGCUAAGCGAUGCAUCCGAAGGUGGAACCCCUUGGACGACGUGUGGAACCCCUGCAGCCGAUGAUAUCUCCAUGGAAGAUCAGCCCUCCCGCCAUGUGGACUACCUUUCCCAUGACUGGCGAGAAGAAGAUAUUUGGUCCUCCUGGCGCUAUGUGACCUCCCGCAAAAAUGACUACAGUGAGGGUGUGCGCUUGGAAAAUGCCUCAUGGAGGACAUGGGCGAAAGCAAAGAACAAUCUGGGCACCAUCUCUCCAGAGACAUUAAAUUGGCUCAAAGACGGCGAUGUCACUUGGCUAUAUGGUCCCUUGAAAACUUCCGCUUCGAGCGACGCCAUGGCGUCUGCGUCCGACGUGUCGCCGCCACCGAGUCGCCUCGAAACCCCAAACUCCUCCUACCUAGACCGAAAACCUAUAUUAAAAAAGAAAACCGCAUCCGAAGCCAUUUUACAACGAUCGCUUUCACAACACACUCUGCUCCAACAUGCCGGAGCCAUCCUAAAGGCACAAGAAGCCCAACAUGGCUGGGCCCGCCCACCGUUACCGCGAUCCAACACCGACCUAGACCACAUCCACCAUCGAACAGGGAGUUCUACAUAUUCCCUGGGGGGUACCUUAACAGCUUCUUCUUCAUCGGGGCUAACUUCUCCAAGUGAGCGACGUCACAUCCAUUUCAAUAAUGAAGUGGAACAAUGUAUCGCCGUGGAGGCUAAGUAUGAGGAAGAAGACUGGCCCAUGACCUUUGAAGACGAGUCCUCGUCCGAUGAUGGGAUCGUCAUGAUGUGUGAGAUCUCCCGCAAAGCCUCCAUCAGCAAUCGCAGCACGCCUCGCAAUAGUUUUAGUAGUGAUAGCAAAACUAUCGCUCCCCUUCCAUCAACUACCCUUAAAUGUCGAGGCGACACCCCGGAACUUCGCGGAGAUUCAUCUAUACUCGAUCGCUGGGCCCAGUUUACUGCUGCCACUACUUCUUAUUCUUCCUCUUCCUCCUCUUUAUCCCCUACUCCAUCUGUUGAGACUUUGCGACCGCCCUCGGCCAACUUCUUAUUAGAUGAUGAUGAUGAAGAUCCGAGUCUGGACUUUACCGGCCAGUAUCAAAACCAACAAGCCUGGUUUGUACCGGAAGAAGAGGACGAAUUGACCGAUCGUCCGUUGCGACUAUCUCCCUCGGGGAUGUUCGUUCCCGAUGGUGAAAAUGAUGGCGAGCCCUCCAACCACACACUCUUGGGUCGUGUAGUAGACACUGUCAAUACUGCUCGCGAUAUCGCCCAUGUCAUUUGGAAUGUGGGCUGGCGACGAUAA